AAAUGAUAUAACGCAGCACAGGUAUAUAGGAAUUCACAGACAAAAAUUGAGUUCAUUUGGACAAGAGUGCGGGGCUGCCAAAAAUUUAGUUUUCCUUAAUUUUCUUGAGUAUGUUUUGAGUUAUAGAGUUGCAGAUUGCGGCACAAUACGGCACAAACGUAGUACAAUACGGUACAAUAAAGAAAAAUUCGAAAAGUGCGGGGCUACCAAAAAUUUAGUAUUUCAUAAUUUUCUUAAGCCCGCUUUGAGUUACAGAGUUGCGGAUUGCGGCACAAUCGUAGCACAAUACGAGUUGCGGAUUGCGGCACAAUACGGCACAAUUCGAAAGAAUAUAAAAUUCGAAAAGUGCGGGGCCAGAUGGCGUCCUUUCCCAGUGCGGAAAGUCGGUGUCGCCGAAAACGACGUGUUGGCCACUCUCAAGUUUCUCUCUGUUGAAGAAAAUAACCACAAUGUCCACCAACGUUACACAUAUGGAAAAAGAAUUAGAUUUGAGUAAUGCUGGCCGUGGCGUAUGGCUUGUCAAAGUUCCUAAAUAUAUAGCUAAUAAAUGGGAAAAAGCACCUGGUAAUAUAGAAGUUGGCAAAUUAAAAAUAACAAAAAAUCCUGGACAGAAAGCUGAAGUAUCUCUCAGAUUGUCAGAAGCUGUCUUGGCCCUGAAAGAAUCUGGAGAAGAGGAAAUACCAAAGCAACACAGGCUAGAUGUUACUACUGUUACUACACAAAUAUUAGGAGUUUUUUCUCAUGUUACUCCAUCCACAAGUUCAGAUGCGAUCGUUCCAGAAACAGAAAAGAUCUUCAUGGAAGGAAGAAUUGUACAAAAAUUGGAAUGCAGGCCAUAUGCUGAUAAUUGUUAUAUGAAACUAAAGUUGGAAAGCAUUAAAAGAGCUUCUGUGCCACAAAGACAAGUUCAGCAAUUAGACAGAGUAGUACAGAACUUUAAGCCAGUAUCUGACCAUAAACACAAUAUCGAAUAUGCUGAGAAGAAGAAAGCAGAAGGAAAGAAGAUGAGAGAUGACAAAGAGGCUGUAUUAGGAAUGCUUUUUGCAGCAUUUGAAAGACACCAAUAUUAUAAUAUAAAGGAUCUUGUGAAAAUCACUAGGCAACCUAUUGUUUAUCUGAAGGAAAUACUAAAUGAAGUUUGUAACUAUAAUUUAAAAAAUCCCCAUAGAAAUAUGUGGGAAUUAAAACCAGAAUAUCGGCACUAUAAGGAAGAUGAAAAGGUUACAGAAAGUACAUCAAAAAAAGAUGAUGAUUCUGAAGAUGAUUGACUGUUAUCCAAUUUUUAUGUUUAUUACAUAUAUAUAUUAUACAUACUUGAUUUAUACAUACCUAAUUUGAUAAAAUUUGGAAUAACAUUAGUCAAUAAAAUCGCUAUGUAAAA